AUGUGCAGUGGAAUGAUGGUUAAGACAGUGAAUUCCUAUUCAACAUCUUUGUGGGAUGGUUCCUUGUUUAAAGGACCAGUAUUUUUUAGUCUCCAAAACAACUCUGCUUCACUUAUGACUAAAUUUACAAUGUAUUCUUACCAUCACUACCUAAGUGGUUCGACAUCACCCACACAAUCUAGCUCAUUACCAUGCAACUUCUAUGCUCCAUCCAGCACUCCACAUAUUGUGUGGUGCAGUACAUACAGUACAGUCUUUUAUAUGAAUGUGACAACUAAUGAUGAGUGGCAAACUCAACCAGAAGGCUGCUGGAUAUCUGCACAUCACAACACCAAUGACUUUGAAAGCUGUGCAGGCCCAACACAUGUUAUUCCUCUGAUAGUAAGCAGUUAUGUAAUAAUAGGAAAAGGACAAUAUUGGCAUAGUUGGUCACUUAUCUUUCAUGCGUUCAUGAGAAUAAUGUGUGGUUUUAUCCACAACAGUGUUGGUCAAUGUCACCACAAAUGCCUCUCAUAUGGAUUUCAGACAUGUAUGUUUCAGGUGAACAUUCUAGCAAUUGAUGAUGGAGUUCCUCCCAAGACAUCAACAGCAACACUAACAGUGAUUGUUAAAGAUGUUAAUGACAAUGCUCCACAUCUCUUAGAGAACUAUGAAGCUGUAUUAACUGAAAAUACUUCCCCUAAAGAGAUAAUAGAAAUACUGGGAGCUGACAGUGAUGAUUAUUCUAGAAAUAAUGGGCCUCCUUUCACAUUCAAGAUGGAUCCAAUUGCAAAUGAACAAAUUAGAUCAUCAUUUUCAGUUCAUUUUGAUCAAAAGGGCCCAAAUGGUCAUGGUUCAGCGAUUAUAUCAUCACUGAGAUCAUUUGAUCGAGAGCAACAGAAAGAAUAUCUGGUGCCUGUAUUGGUGAUAGAUUCUGGUUAUCCUCCACUCACAGGAACUUCUACAGUAAAAAUUAUUAUUGGUGAUAUUAAUGAUAACAAGAUGAAAUUUGGGAGGAAAAAUAUACUAGUUUACAAAUACAAGGAUCAAACUCCAGAAACAGAUAUUGGAAGGAUAUACAUUGAAGAUCCAGAUGACUGGGAUCUACCUGACAAGAAAUUCUUCUGGAAUACACAUGAACAUCAUAGAUUCAGAAUCAAUGAAGCCUCUGGAAUGAUUACAAUGAAGCGCAACACACCAGACGGAAUAUACAAUUUGGUAUUCAGAGUGCAAGACCACAAACAUAAACAAAACAAUGUGUCAGCUAUUGUUACUGUCACUGUAAAGCAUAUUUCCCAUGAUGCUAUUCUUAACUCUGGCUCAUUGAGAAUUUCUAAUUUGUCUGAUGAAGACUUCAUCAAAGAAUGGAACUAUAUGGUAAUUUUUAUGGAGGAAAGUAAGGCAGAACAACUUAAGACUGUUUUGUCAGAAGUUCUCAACGCUCAGCGGGAAAGUGUGGAUAUUUUCAGUGUUAAUGGACACAGAUCAUUUCCACCUGUUCUGGACAUUUUCUUUACUGUAAGAGAUAAGAGAUAUCACAGCAGUGAAAAAAUAAAUGGGCUCCUACAAACUUUAAGCACUUUAUAUCAAACAUAUCUGAGGAAAUCAUCCUCAGUAUGUUUGAUUCCUAGUAUGCAAAAAUGUGCAUCAGGGUCAUUUAAAAACAGCAACAUAAAACAGUACUGCAGACUCAACUUUAUUACAAGUUUUAAUUCACAAGUUUUUCAUCAAUCUCUAGCAUCAUUCAAAUUUUCUUGUGAAUUAAUUGUGUUCAGUAAUGAGUAUAGGAAGCUGAAUUCAGUCAUGAAUAAAAAAUUUUACAAUGUCAAUAUAGAAAGGAAAACCAAACUUGAUCUGAUUAUGGCUGGAAUACACUACUGUUUUAUUGACAAAAUUAAUUGUCAGGAUCUGUGCAUUGACAGCUACAGAAUAGGCAGCCAUCCAGUCUUAGUUGAUGCCAAUACAACUUCACUAGCAGGAAUUUCAGUAGUUAUUACAGCAAAAUGUAAUCCAGCUACACAAAAUUUUGCUGGAGCUAACACAUGUAAUGAAAAACAUUGCUAUAAUGGCGGCUACUGCAUAAAGGAAAAAAGCAGUGUAAGCUGUGCCUGUCCAAGUGGGUAUGAAGGACCCCGCUGCCAACAAACUGUGAGAAGCUUUCAAGGAAGUGGCUGGGCUUGGUUCCAAUCAAUCCAACCACAGGCUGAAAACCAUGUAAGUGUAGAAUUUCUAACCUAUAAAGAAGACGGAUUGCUGUUCUACAAUGGUCCAUUAUCUCCCGUCAUAAUUGAUGGGGUUACUAUAUCAGAUUAUAUUGCUUUGGAAUUAAAGAGUGGUGAGCCUAGACUACUUUUUCAUUUAGGUCAUGACACCACUGAGAUAUUUAUAAAAGUAAAGAAGAAGCUGAAUGAUGGAAUGUGGCAUCAGAUUGAUUUAUUUUGGGGUUCUGAGAACGUUCAUCUCAUACUAGAUUACUGCAAAUCAGCUGAUGUUGUGGAACUGCAAGACAUGAAAACAUCAUUGUUUAAUGGAACAAGUUGUCUUGUAAAGGCCAAAGUUUCUAAGUUCAGUGAGCGUUUGAAUUUAAACAGUCCUCUACAGAUUGGUGGCAUUUACUGGGAAGAAAUACCACCAGAAAUCUAUAAAUGGAAUGCAAGUCCAAAUGCAAUAGGUUUUGAAGGGUGUAUACGGAAUUUCUAUUCUAAUGGACAGUACAAAAUUUGCGAUAGAAUCAUUUUUCGACACAGUCAUCCCAUUUUUCAAUACACAUGGUCAACUGUUGCAAAGGCUUUCCAGUACCAUCAGAAAAAUUGUUUGGGCUGUUUGUGGGAUGCUCCAACAUCCCUAAAUACAUAUUUGGGAGAGUCUAAUGGUACUAGCAGUGAAUAUUUUAUCUCAUCUUUGGCAUCAUCUACUCCAUUGAAAACAUUAAUCUCUGCACAGUCAUUACAUGAAAUAAUUGCAGUAUCACCAGUAUUUGUUGUAUUCGGUACAUCACGGUUUUCGACAUUAAUCAUAGUAUUUUUCUUGAGUUCUAAACCAACUUCUACCCCAGAAUUUAACUGUUUAUACCUUUAUUCGACAAUUUUGGACUUGGCUGAUACAUUGUUGUCAGCUGGCACAGUAGCUGACUGCCUUCAAACAAAACUUGCAUGUAGCACAAUAAACUGCUCUGGGCAUGGAGUCUGUCAAGCUGACUUUACAGAGAGACCACCAUGGUGUUUGUGUGAUGCUGGCUGGAGUGGGCCCUCAUGUUCUUCACCUACACAACCAGUCACAUUUCUACCUCAUAGCUACAUUAAGUUUGCACUAUCUUUUGAAAUUGGUCAUUUCACAACACUUAUGCAGUUAAGGUUCAGGACUGAGGAGAAAGAUGGUGAGCUGUUUCGUCUUGCUGACCAGCAGUCACUUGAAUAUGCAGUCCUUGAGAUAAAUAAUGGAAACCUAUACUUUCGUUAUAACUUAAACAGAAUGAAUAUUGAAGAGAAGUACAUCUGCUUAUGUUACAUUUCUGUUGAUGAUGGAUACUGGCACACAGCAAAGGUUUCUCGAUAUGGCUCUUUAUCAAUAUUGGAACUAGAUGAUGGUGAAUUCUUGAGAAGAAAUCAGACAUCGCUGUUUGAAGGUCACCAGUGGUUGGUAAUUGACAAACAAGAAGGUGCUCAUGCUGGUGGGAAGGCAGAGCAUACUGGCAUAAAUACAUUAGAAAUAUAUGCUGAUUACAGAAAUGGUUGCUUGGAUGACAUACGGUUAGAUGGAAGACUUCUUCCACUGCCUCCAGUAGCCAAUGUUACCCAAUGGGGACAGGCAACAGUGGCACUCAACUUGGAGUUUGGCUGUAGCUUUCCUUCAGAUUGCAACUCCAUAAUCUGUACAGAACCAGUGAAAUGUAAUGACAAAUUGAGACAACAUAAAUGUAUGUGCAAUGAUGUUCAUGUUUUGGCUACAAAAAGUAAGAACUGCAUUGGAAAUAACUGUUUAAGUACAUCUUGUACUAGUGCUGGAAAUUGUCUGCAUCACCAUUCAGAGUUUCACUAUGACUGCUUAUGCACUGAUGGAGUAACUGACAUAAACUGCAAAUUUAAUGGAGGCAAAAAGACUGGCAAUCUUAAUACUUGGGCUUUAAUGGCCUUAUCAUCUGUAGUCAUCUUUAUAAUUGUUCUGGCUGUCCUGUUUCUUCUGUGUAAAUACUACUACAGAAGUCAUAGAAGGUCUCAAAUAAAAAUGGAUGCUCAAACAAGUGCAAGUCAAUAUGCUGAUAAUAGAGAAAAUGAGGAGCACGGUGUUUCUUUUAAUAUGGAACAACUGAUGUCUCAUCCUCAUGAAAAUGAAGUUACAGUUUCACUGGAACUACAAAGUAACUAAAAAUGCACUGGAUGAAAAGGAGCAAGCUGGUUCAGAUGAGACCAUACGGCAUUGAGAAUGAAAGAAGAAAGAACAGAGGAAGAGAGAAAUAAUUAUCAUCAGCAAGUACUUUCAUGACCCAAUAUAUGUCACAACCAAUAUUCAAUCACACUGCUUCAGAAUUAUGUUUCAACAGUGAAACAAAGUAUCUUGUAUCAGCAGUAUUAUGAAUCCUCCAUGUCAACUGUAUCAGCAA